GGAGGGAGGAAUAGCAGUGGUGAGAGACAGAGUCCAAGACCGCCAGCAUACGAUCCAGCACUGAGACGAGGAAGUGUAGUUGAACCUGCUGAGUGGAGGAAAGCGUCUCCUCUCUGUAGUUCCUGGAGAGAGCGUCACCCAUCAAAACCCGCGGACUGGUGACCAUAUCGUACUGGGAAUUACCGGGAUGUCAGGAGAAUAUUAUCAGUAGUCAUGUGCCUUUUGGGCACCAAGUCGGUGCCACCUCAGCGGUAAGGUUUGUGGAGAGAAAGGAGGAGGAGGAGGGGUAGACAGCCAGCCUGGCAGACAGGUGCGACUCCACAGCCGGUUUUAUUUCCUCUCGCUCCUAUUAAGUAGUAGAGUCAUGGAUACCCGCAAGGAAAACAAGGUAAGAAAAGCCAUGAAACCUAAAACGACGAAGCGAAAGGAGAAGAAAUACAAAACCGGAAGGUUUAUGAGGAGAAAAUCGCUGCGAUCUUUUGGGAAUUUCAUGGGAAGGAUCCUUAAAACUUUGGGCACUUUGGCGCACUUUGGCGACACGGAACAGCCGGACGCGGAGGACGACGACGGCGGGUUCGGGCGAAGCCCUUCGGGGGGUUUCAAAGACGACUGCGCGCAGACCUCCAGGGAGGGAACCGUGAAGAAGAGCUCCACGGUGUCCUCUCACGGCUCGGUGAAAGACAGGCUGUCGUGGUGCUACGGCGACAAGACCCCCGGGGUGCUGGGGCUGAAGAACCACGGAAACACCUGUUUCAUGAACGCCGUGGUUCAGUGCCUCAACAACACGGACCUGCUGGCCGAGUACCUCGGGCUGGAGCAGUACAAGUCUGAUGUGUGCCACAGGAAGGUGAACGGGGAGGUGAGAGGCGAGGAGCCCCAAACAGCCAGGGGAGAGGUGACCGAGCAGCUGGCGUCGCUGGUUCGAGGCCUGUGGACCCUGGAGUACACACCGCAGCUGUCUGUGGAGUUCAAGAGCAUAGUCGCCAAGUACGGCUCUCAGUUUCGGGGAAACUCUCAGCACGAUGCCCUCGAGUUCCUUCUUUGGCUUUUGGACAGAGUUCAUGAAGAUGCUAAUCAGAGCCCCAACAACAACACUAACAGCAGCAGCAGCAAGACCAAAGCCAACCCCAAGUAGGCCUAAACCCCACAGAUCCCAGAACGGAGCUCCAAGUAGAGCUGGCUCUGUGAAGAAUCAUCGUUGCAGGACUCUUGAGUGCCGUUGUGAUUAUUCCACCUGCAGUUUAGUUGAAACUCAUUGAGCCUUGGUCUGAACUGAUCCUUUGUCUGCACUUUCCUGUGAGAUGUAAGAGGAGAAGCUGUUGAAGUGGCAGGCAUCCAUACUCUCUGUCUGUCUGUCUGUCUCUUUGUAUUUUUCUCUGAUGUGCGAUGUUAACCUCGCAACCUUGCACUUGGAAAGGAGCCAGGCCUGGACGUGAUGCGGUGAGAGGGAAUGAAGGGCAGACACAUCAUGUCUGAGUUGAUGACUUUUUUUAUAAUGACUGGAGUUGCCAGGCACCAAAAGCCAGUACAAUGUGUCUUUAGUGUGUAUAUUUAUUGGACUGGACUGAGGUGCACUUGUGUGAGAUUUCUCUGAAAUUCACACAGACGGCCACAAUUACACAUUUAUACAACAACAACACCAUAUGUAAAGCAAAUGCUUUGAAGCAGACCCCUCACUGCCAGCCUGCUGCACUGGUUACACACAAUAUAUCGAUUGAAGCUGUAAUCAUAGCGGUGAAGAAAUAGUGACAAUGAGCAAAUUGUAAAAUAAUGAACUCAAUCUGCUCUAGUUAAUUCAUUUAGUACCUGCUUUAAAAAUGUGUACGUGCAUUGUUUUACUGUUGCAAUUAAAUGUUUGCACAUAUUAUUGUCGCCAGACACAUGAUUGUUCCAGCACUAUUAGUGACCUCUAGAACUAUGGGAAAUAAACCAAAUUAUUUAUUGAUAUAGCAAAUUUCAUCAUGUGCCAAAUGACAUUCAGCUUCAUUAGUGAUUCUUUUCUAACUGCACUAGGGAAGGAGUCGCAGGAGCAGAUGCACACAUUAGUCUGGCUGUUAAACCUACAUAAGAAGUAUAGUACAGUGUGCAAUCGAUUGUGUUUGUGUGCGCAUUAUGACAUUACAUACUGGAUAAGACCUGCUGUGAUCAUCACCCUCUGAAAAACACCUUGUGAUUAAUUACAUUUGCUUAGCAUCAUCCAGUUUCUCCCAAUCGGCCUAUAGUUUGGCUGCUGGCUCCGCCUUUUUACUCGCUGCGCUGCCAGCAGACGACCUCCAGUCCUGUCGGUAAAUGAAUACUGUUAUGAGCUGAACUGUCGCCGCGCUGCCACCCAUUGCCCUGCUCUCCCUCUAUGAUGGCAGCGUUAAUAGAGGCAGCCUUUAUGCCACAUAAACAGCUUACGGCCGCGGCUCUCAUUAGGCUGCCAGUGAAUCAUGGCAUCAUAAA